AUGGCAAUCUCGUGGUGGCGAAUCCGCUGCCUCCUUUGUGUCACGGUAUCAAAGUCUCUGUUGAAGUUCCAGAAGUGGUGUCUGCUCAUCGGCCUGCUCUGCAUUAACGCUGCCCUCAUCUACGUGUCGUUCACGUACCACGUCGCCCACUACUUCUUCAUGGUUCUGCUCAGCUCCAACACCGUUCUCCAGUUCAUCAUGAUCAUCUUCAUCCUCGGCCACUUUCUCUUCAAGAUCAUCUUCUUCUGCUUCCGCCGUAAGGAGAAGGUGCCGGAAACGCCUGAGAAGAUGGUCAUGCUGCUUCCCUGCUACAACGAGACGUUUGAGGAGCUCACGCGGUCACUGGACUCCCUUGUCGCGCAGAAGAAUAUUGACGAACACCCGCGCAUGAUCUUCAUCGUCGUCGACGGCAACGUCAAGGGCGCCGGCAUGGAGAAGACCACCCAGGAAUACCUUCUCCAGGACAUCCUCGAGCCCGGCCCCACGCGCUUUUUCGAGAACGGCUACCGCGCUCGCGACGGCCUGUUCAUGCCGACCAAGAUCCAGACCGGCUACUACAAGGGCAUCCCCUAUCUCUUCGUCGGCAAGCGUUACAACCAGGGCAAGCGUGAUAGUCUGUGCUUCGCUCGUUCGUUCCUGUACCACUUCCAGAAGCGCUCCGCCAACGUCAUGACCAUGUUCAGCAACGAGCUGUUUGAGCAUCUCGGCAACGCCUUUGUCUCACAGGGCCUCGAGAACGUCGAGUAUCUGGUCGGUAUGGAUGCCGACACCGUCUUCGAUGAGUACUGUAUCUGGGAGAUGUUGAAGGAGAUUCGUAAGAACCCCAAGCUAGUCGGUGUAUGCGGACACGUCUGUGUCGACUACGACGGCAAGAACUGGGGUCUCUGGUCGCUGUAUCAGUCAGUCGAGUACUCCCAGACGCAGGGCCUCCGCCGCAUGUUCCAGUCCCGCAUCACCGGCAAGGUCAACUGCCUCCCUGGAUGUUGCCAGCUGAUCAAGAUUGACGAGGCCACCUUCGGUGACGAGGUCCUCCGCAAUCGUUUCGGAUACUGCCCCAAGCCCAACGACCUUAUGACGCAGCAUAUCAUGGGCAACUACUCCGAGGACUCGAUCCAUGCCAGCAUCAUCUUCUCGCUCUUCCCCAAACGCCAGACCGCUCAGGCCCUUCGCGCCAAGGCCUUCACCAUCGUGCCCCAGGACUGGAAGGUCUUCCUGUCGCAGCGCAAGCGUUGGGCUCUCGGCUCCAUCUCCAACGAGUUCGUCAUGAUCUUCCGCCCCGGCAUCAUCCCCAUCGAGCGUCUCCAGUCCAUCGUCGCCGUCAUGACCUGGUUCAUCACUCCUUUCAUCAUGGCCGCCGUCAUCGCUUUGAUCAUUAUCCUCGCCCGCCGUGGUGACGAGUUGGUCAAAGAUCCGGUAUUCAUGUCGUUGUUCGCCCUUCUCCUGUUCCGAUACAUCUACACUUUCUGCAUCGGUAUCUGGCUGCCGAGAAACACGCUCGAGCGCAUGCAAUACUUUGUCGGCUAUUUCUUCCACCUGAUCACGUCGCCGUUCCUCAACAUGAUCAUCCUCGGCUACUCGCUCGUGUAUUCCGACGACUUCAAGUGGGGCAAGACCCGCGAGGUCAUCAAGGGGGGAGACGACGAGAAAAUGGACGCCGAGGGCGGCCGUGGCACUCUUUAA